AUCAUUCUUUAAUUAACAUGUAACUUGUAUGAUCCAAAGUCCAACAAAGAAGUAAUACAAGAAAAUCCUGAUGUGAUUAAAAGCAUACUACUAUCAAAUAAAUAAAAACACAAUUUAUUGAUGAGAUUACAGAGUAUACACACUAAUAUAUAUAUACAACUUUGAUGGCAUGGAAAAUAUCUAAAACCUUAGCUCUCUGUUAUUACCAAUCAUAAUAUGUGGGAAUGAUCUGUAUGGUGCCAACUCAUAGAAGGCCACUUCCCUCCUUUCUUGUUUAAUAUUACCUUCCAAUCAACUUCUCUCUCUCCUUCCUUGUGUGUUUUGAUGUUAUUUAGCUCUAUAUAACCUUGUAAUAUUCGUUUUCACUUAACUUUCCUUGAAAAGCAAGAACAUAUCUGAAUUCUCUCGAGUGAUGGCGGUGGAGGAAGUAAAAGCAGUCGAGUCCAAGCCUUGUGCCGAGUCCCCGCCUCCGGCGGCCGAGCCGCCAAAAGACGUGGCUGAGGAGAAAGCUGUGGUGCCGCCGCCACUACCUCCGGCGCAGGACAAACCAGACGACUCCAAAGCUCUAGUCAUAGUUGAAAAACCCGAAGCUGCUGCCGAAGAAAAAAAAUCCGAGAAGGGCUCCAUAAACAGAGAUGCUGAGCUAGCCCGAGUAGCUACGGAGAAGAGAUUGUCGUUGAUCAAAGCAUGGGAGGAAAGUGAGAAAUCAAAAGCUGAGAACAAGGCACAGAAGAAAAUGUCGUCUGUCGUGGCUUGGGAGAAUAGCAAGAAAGCAACUCUCGAAGCUGAGCUGAAGAAGAUAGAGGAGCAACUGGAGAAAGAGAAGGCCGGGUAUAUUGAGAAAAUGAAGAACAAGAUUGCUGUACUCCACAAGCAAGCAGAGGAGAAACGAGCGAUGAUUGAGGCGAAGCGUGGAGAGGAACUUCUCAAAGCAGAGGAGACGUCAGCAAAAUAUCGCGCCACGGGCACUGGUCCAAAGAAAUUACUUGGAUGUUUCUGAAGGUGAAAAGGGGUUUGAAGCUCAAGUUGAUUUGUACAUUGUUUUGUUAUGGGAUUUCUAUUUAUUGGUUGCCAGGUUCAUUGUGUGGUAUUCUGAUGUAGAAUAUGAUUGUCUCUUGUUGAUUAUCUUAUGCUUGAAUAGUGAUUUAUUUGUUUAUAUAAACUAGAAAUGAAGUUUAUAAGAAAAUUUCACAUGAAUUUUUUCCUAGAAA